AUGGCUGAACGUGGCGCCCACAUCACAACCUCAGCAACAGCAGACAGGCCUACCAUUUUUGAAGUGGUGGCCCAAGAGAGUUUGAUGGCAGCAGUGAGACCUGCUUUACAUCAUGUCAUCAAGGUCCUUGCUGAAUCAAACCCAGCACGUUAUGGCCCCCUUUGGAGGUGGUUUGAUGAACUUUACACCCUGCUGGAUCUGCUGCUGCAACAGCACUAUUUGACUUGGGCGAGCGCUUCUUUCUCUGAGAACUUCUAUGGACUAAAGCGCAUAGCCAUGUUAGGCAGAAAUGGGAAGCAUAACUUGCCACGGAGAGAAUACUGGAAGUCCCUGCUUCUGCUUGUGCUGGUACCUUAUCUACGAGUGAAGCUAGAGAAACUAGUAAACAGACUGCGAGAAGAGGAAGAUUAUUCUAUACAAAACACAACAUCAUUCCGCAAAAGAUGCUAUAAAGCAAUUCUGGCAGCCUACCCUUACGUAAAACUGUCAUGGGAAGGUUGGUUUCUGUUCUAUCAACUCCGAUACAUUCUGUGGAAUACAAAGCAUCACUCUCCUCUGCUCAGUUUAGCUGGAGUGCAGCUUGCUAGACUGACUAUAGAAGACCUACAAGCCAUGGAUAGUCAACCACAAAAAACUCCAACAAAGUCUGUACUGAGUUUGUUUUUUUUUUCCAGUGUGGGCAACAUUCUGAAGAAAGUCCUUGGUGGUGUAUCUGUGACUCUGUCUUCCAGCUUGUCAUUGGGUGUCUUCUUCCUGCAGUUCCUUGAGUGGUGGUACUCAGCAGAAAACCAAGAUACACUCAAAUCUCUAAGCUCCCUGCCUGCUCCUUCUCCACCUGUCCACUUCGACCUGGAAACAUACUCCCCUCUUCUGCCCAAGCUAAAGACAGUGUGCCCACUCUGUCGUAAAGUGCGGGUUAAUGACACUGCUCUUGGCACCUCAGGCUAUGUCUUUUGCUACAGGUGUGCUUAUUAUUUUGUAAAAAAUCACCAACGCUGCCCAGUUAGUGGCUAUCCGACAGAGCUGCAGCAUCUAAUCCGACUCUAUACACCUGAUGGUUAA